UUGGCAAAAGAAAGGGGAAAAAAUAGAGGAAAUUCUUUUUUUUUUCUGUCCAAGGCUAUAACAUCCAGGAGUCCUUCCUGUCAUGCAUCAAGGGACACCAUACUGUCUGUUUCGAACUGCCCACGAGCAGUGAAGGAUUGGCAAAUAGCUGUUGAAAGAAAAAAAUGCUCAUCAUUUGCCAGGAGAUGUAGUGAUCCAGACAAACUCGUGUACCACUGUGUAAUUAAUCCAUUUCACAACGAAUCUCUUGAAGUCUGUGCUUACCCGAAGAUAAUACAUCAUGGAUUUUGUGCAGAGUAUAGUUACAGCGCAAACAUAAUACAACAAAGUAUAGGAACAAAUUGCACCCACCUCAACAAUAAUUCGUGUCCUGUUAGCUACAAUUCAACAGACGCAUAUAAAUAUACUGCAUGUUACGACUUGGUGAAAAAAAUUCCAAAAAAUAAAGAAACCUCAAUGAUGUCUACGCCUGUUUCAACUAUAACAACCAGUGACGAGUUUUUGUAA